UACUUAAGACUCGUCUAGAGUUUCAAGCUAAGUAGGUAAAAGACACACCUUGGAAAAGCCCACGCGCGCAGACUCCGUAUCAAGGAUCAAACAUCUCACUAUUCUCUUCUUCGCGUACGAUUAAGAAUAAAAUAUCAUAGUAACACCACGGGGAGCAAAAACAAAAAAGCAAGAAUAAAAAUGUCUCAAUUCUCCAAUCCCACUCAUUCCAUUCCUGAAAUCUCUAUUCGCGCUCCGUCAUCAAUCUCAACCUCAACCUCAAAUGAUAAUACCAAAAUCCCUUCUCAUCCACCUCCUCCAACGACUUUCCUAACCUCCUCUCCCUGGAGCGUGACAUACUCCACCCUCCCAAUAUGGAGAUCCAAACGCAACGUCAAAAUCACAUACCAAUCUCUCCCGCAAGGGUUUCUCGAUGAUCAGGUGACUUAUCAGACCUGUCAAGGAGGUAGUGUGAAGACUGUUCAUGGAGUUGAUCGUCCUGUGUUUAUGUCUGGUCAGCGACAAGAUCUGGAUAAGCAUGGGAAUGCAAAUAGCGACUCUGAUGCCGAGGCGGGGAGCUGGGCUUAUCAUUGGCGGGGGAAGGGGUGGUUGAUGAUUGCGUCUUCGAAAUGGGAGGUUCUUGGGUAUGGGUCUGUGCCUGGGGAUGCUGAUGGUGGUGGUGGUGGUAUGGGCGAUGAGGGGCAGUCGAUCGAUUGGGCUGUUACUUAUUUCGCCAAGACGCUGUUCACGCCUGAAGGCAUUGACAUCUACUCGAGGCCGAGUGCAAAGCUUCCUGCGACGUUGGUCGAGCAGAUCAAGAAGGGGCUGAAGGCAACAGGAGAUGAAUCAUUUCAGCGGCUGGUGGGAGAUUUGUUUCUGGUCACGCAUGAUGAGGGUUAAGAUUCGUUUUAAAUGAUGCUUGGAUUGGGAAGUUGGCGCAGGAUAGAGCCCCAAGCCAAUUCGACGAAUUAUAUUUCUGGUAUUAUGGUACAGGCAAAAGAGAACACCUCCCCUCCCAAU